UCAGGACAGAGCUGCCAGUGUCUCUGUGCUUGAAGGCAUGGGCUUCAGGGUGGGACAAGGACUCAUUGAACGGUUGACCAAGGACUCCCCCAGCUUCAAGGACGAGUUGGAUAUAAUGAAGUUUGUCUGUAAAGACUUCUGGACAAAGGUGUUCAGGAGGCAGGUCGACAACCUCAGAACCAAUCAUCAGGGUACAUAUGUGCUACAGGAUAAUAAGUUUGCUCUUCUGACUCAACUUUCCAGUGGAAAACAAUAUCUGGAUCAGGCUCCCAAGUACCUAGCGUUCUCCUGCGGCGUGGUGAGAGGAGCUCUGUCUAAUCUAGGAUUGGACAGCGUGGUGACCGCUGAGGUCGCAGUCAUGCGUCAUGUAAAUUCCAAGUAG